AUGGAUGAUAUAGCUGAAUCAUAUGGAUGUAUGACGGCGAAUUGGCUGAGUGAACAACUGGCAGACUUUAUGUACACAUUUGAAGAUGAUCCUGAUGGGGUAUUUGUCGCCAAAGCAAAUGAUCUCUCCAAACAGUAUUGCAAAAAUGGUGAAGAUUUUAUAAGUGAAUUAAUCGCAUUUGCUACCAAUCAAAAGGAGACACAUGUGAAUCUUUCGAUAUUGGAUAAUUUUGAACAGCUGGUUCUUCAAAGAGCUGUUCAAAAUUUCAAGAAUGAGUCGUUCAGUAUCUCUAACAUGAAAAUUGCAUUUAACCAACAUAAUAAGAAUUCAUGGCUUGAUGAGAGUAGUAUAGCUGACAGUUGUAGUACGAUUGCAAACUUUUCGAACGAUGUUUUCACUUUGCCUAAAAAAUAUUUGGCUUUUACACCAAUCAGGAAAUCCGUAUCUGAUGCUGCAUAUCAGAAUCGGAAAAAUCCGGGCAAAGUUGUCGUAGAAUUCGCAGGCAAAAAUUUCACUGCAAAAAUAAAUAAUAGAACUAAAGAUAGCAAUGAAUGUAAAGUUGUUGUGGAAAAGCUCUACACUGAUGAUUACAAAAAUUUGUUACAAUAUGGUGCAGAGAAAGAUUUGGAGCAAGUUGAAGCACUUGUUACACGAGUACAGAAUUUGUGCGAUAUAAUCAAAGAAGAAAACGCAACAUUAAUUGACGAUGAACAAAUAGAUUCAUUAUCAUUAAUACGAAACAUAUAUUCGGGAUUCAUCGUGAAUACUACAGAAGAUCCAUUAGAUGCCUCAAAUUGUUCAUUGCAAUGCAUUGAUCAAAAUGCUGCUGUUAUAAACCUUGAUCUGAGCAAUCUUAAAGCUUAUUCAUUGUUCUCUGGGAAGUUGUGGGAUAAAUUUAUUUUAUUUCAUUAUCAACUCUAUACUUUUCUUGUUCAUUUAAUUGUUAGUUAUUUUCUUCUAUUACGGAUUGUUUCACUUCAUGGAGCUUUUGUUGGUGAUAAUUUUUUCCCGGAUGAAAUUUUCGAACCCAAAGAACCAUCGAUUGCAUCUCUUAAUAAACAAUCAAACAUUGAUCUGCUUCAUGUUUGGUGUGCCUGUGGACCAUUUACUUCUUCUAAAACUCUCUCUUAUGAACAGCUCUGCGAUCUAAUGGAAUUAGUGAAGAAGGAGCGACCUAAUAUUCUAAUUUUGAUUGGUCCAUUCAUUGAUCGAACAAGUCCAGUGGUAAAGUCACCUCAGUGUUGUUAUACAUACGAGGAUCUUAUGAAUAUGCUUCUUGCAAAAAUUGAUGAAGUCUUAUUAGGAACUGAUGUUCAAGUGUUAAUAGUUCCAAAUGGAAAAAAAGAUGCCGCAAUACGACCGUCAUUUCCUACUCCACCGUUUCGUUCACUUAAACAACGAAAGCAGCAAUUAAGCAAGAAUAUACUGCUUUUACCGGAUCCUGCCAUCGUUCGGAUUGCUGGUAUUGAAUUUGCUGUAACAGCGUCGGAAAUCAUCCAGCAUUUAGGAAGAGAUGAAAUAGGUCAUUCAGAUAGUUGUGAAGACCAUGAUCGAAUGUCUCGACUUGUUCGAGAUUUGUUCAGGCAGCGUUCUUUGUAUCCAUUGUAUCCUGCAGCUCAUGAUAUUACCUAUCGACUUCGUCAAGCUAUUGAACGCACAUCACUUUCUGCAAUACCUCACGUUACUAUUAUGCCGUCGGUACUUGCACCUACCGUUAAGGUAGUUGCCGGUUCAGUAUUUGUGAAUACCAAUGCAUUAGUACGUGGAAGCAGUGGUACAUUUAUGAAAUUAAAAAUUGAUCUCAAACAGAUUGAUCUUACAAAAGAGAAUUCGCAAACAUCAGUUGCUGACUUCUGCGAAGUACAAAUUGUGCAAUUGUGA